GCCGGGGCCGUUGCCGCAGUGACAGUGCUGGGGGAGUGGGAAGAUGGCGGCGUCGCGUCGCUCUCAGCAUCAUCACCACCAUCAUCAGCCACCGCUCCAGCCCGCCCCGGGGGCUUCGGCGCCGCCGCCGCCGCCGCCGCCCCUCAGCCCGGGCCUGGCCCCGGGGGCCGCCCCGGCCUCGCCCACGGCGGGCGGCCUGGGCCCCUUCGCGUCCCCGCGGCACGGCCUGGCGCUGCCGGAGGGGGAUGGCAGUCGGGAGCCUCCCGACAGGCCCCGAUCCCCGGACCCAGCGGACAGCAGCGGCAGCGGCGGCGGCGGCCCCGGCGGCGCGGUCGGCGCCGUCUCCGUCACCGUGGUGCCGGCGGCUUCCGCCUCGUCCGCCGUCGGGGCCGCUCCCAGCCCGGCCGGCGGCGGCGGCGGCGGCCACAACUCCCCGUCCUCUUCCUCUUCGCCGACUUCGUCCUCGUCUUCCUCCCCGUCGUCCCCGGGAUCGAGCUUGGCCGAAAGCCCCGAGGCGGCGGGAGUCAGCGGCCCCCCACCUCUGGGGGCCGGGGCGGCCGCGGCCGGGAGCGGGGUCCCCGCCGUGAGCGGGGCGCUGCGGGAGCUGCUGGAGGCCUGCCGCAAUGGGGACGUGUCCCGGGUGAAGAGGCUGGUGGACGCCGCCAACGUGAACGCCAAGGACAUGGCCGGCCGCAAGUCUUCCCCCCUGCACUUCGCGGCAGGUUUUGGGAGGAAGGAUGUUGUAGAACACUUGCUGCAGAUGGGUGCCAAUGUCCAUGCUCGUGACGAUGGAGGGCUCAUCCCGCUUCAUAACGCCUGUUCUUUUGGCCAUGCGGAGGUGGUGAGUCUGUUACUGUGCCAAGGAGCAGAUCCCAAUGCCAGAGAUAACUGGAACUACACUCCUCUGCAUGAAGCUGCUAUCAAAGGGAAAAUUGAUGUCUGCAUUGUGCUACUGCAGCACGGAGCUGAUCCGAACAUUCGGAACACGGAUGGGAAAUCCGCCCUGGACCUGGCAGAUCCCUCCGCAAAAGCUGUCCUGACAGGUGAAUACAAGAAAGACGAACUCCUAGAAGCAGCUAGGAGCGGUAAUGAAGAAAAACUAAUGGCUUUACUGACUCCUCUAAAUGUGAAUUGCCAUGCAAGUGACGGGCGAAAGUCUACUCCUUUACAUCUAGCAGCGGGAUACAAUAGAGUUCGGAUAGUUCAGCUGCUGCUUCAGCAUGGUGCUGAUGUUCAUGCAAAAGACAAAGGUGGGCUUGUGCCUCUUCAUAAUGCAUGUUCAUAUGGACAUUACGAAGUCACAGAACUACUACUAAAGCAUGGAGCUUGUGUUAAUGCUAUGGACCUCUGGCAGUUCACUCCUCUGCAUGAGGCUGCUUCCAAGAAUCGCGUAGAGGUUUGCUCUCUCUUACUUAGCCAUGGUGCUGACCCCACGUUAGUCAACUGCCAUGGCAAAAGUGCGGUGGACAUGGCUCCAACUCCUGAGCUCCGGGAGAGACUGACUUAUGAAUUCAAAGGUCAUUCUUUACUACAAGCCGCUAGAGAAGCAGACCUAGCCAAAGUUAAAAAAACACUUGCUUUGGAGAUCAUUAAUUUUAAACAACCACAGUCUCAUGAAACAGCACUGCACUGUGCUGUGGCUUCCUUACAUCCCAAACGGAAACAAGUGACGGAACUGUUGCUUAGAAAAGGGGCAAACGUCAAUGAGAAAAACAAAGAUUUCAUGACUCCCCUGCAUGUUGCAGCCGAGAGAGCUCAUAAUGAUGUCAUGGAGGUUCUGCAUAAGCAUGGAGCCAAGAUGAACGCACUGGACACCCUGGGUCAGACGGCCCUGCACCGGGCUGCGCUAGCCGGCCACCUGCAGACCUGCCGCCUCCUGCUGAGCUGCGGCUCCGACCCGUCCAUCAUCUCCCUGCAGGGCUUCACCGCGGCACAGAUGGGGAACGAAGCGGUGCAGCAGAUCCUGAGUGAGAGCACACCUAUACGCACUUCAGAUGUAGACUACCGACUCUUGGAGGCAUCAAAAGCUGGUGAUUUGGAAACUGUGAAGCAACUUUGCAGCCCACAGAAUGUGAAUUGCAGAGACCUGGAGGGCCGGCACUCGACCCCCUUGCACUUCGCGGCAGGGUAUAACCGGGUGUCAGUGGUGGAGUACCUUCUACACCAUGGUGCUGAUGUCCAUGCCAAAGACAAAGGUGGCUUGGUGCCCCUCCACAAUGCGUGUUCCUAUGGGCACUACGAGGUGGCGGAGCUGCUUGUGAGGCACGGGGCGUCUGUCAAUGUGGCCGACUUGUGGAAAUUCACCCCUCUCCAUGAAGCAGCAGCCAAAGGAAAAUACGAAAUCUGCAAGCUCCUCCUAAAACACGGCGCAGAUCCAACUAAAAAGAACAGAGAUGGAAAUACGCCUCUAGACUUGGUCAAAGAAGGAGACACAGACAUUCAGGACUUGCUGCGAGGGGACGCAGCCUUGCUGGAUGCUGCCAAGAAGGGCUGCCUGGCCAGAGUGCAGAAACUCUGUACCCCGGAGAACAUCAACUGCAGGGACACCCAGGGCCGGAACUCCACCCCCCUGCACCUGGCAGCGGGCUACAAUAACCUGGAAGUAGCUGAAUAUCUUCUAGAACACGGAGCAGAUGUAAAUGCCCAGGAUAAAGGCGGUUUAAUUCCUCUUCAUAAUGCAGCAUCUUAUGGGCAUGUUGACAUAGCUGCAUUACUGAUCAAAUACAACACGUGUGUAAAUGCAACUGAUAAGUGGGCAUUUACUCCUCUUCAUGAAGCAGCCCAGAAAGGAAGGACACAGUUAUGUGCUCUCCUUCUAGCACACGGUGCGGAUCCAACAAUGAAGAACCAAGAAGGCCAGACACCUUUAGACCUGGCAACAGCUGAUGACAUCCGGGCACUGCUGAUAGAUGCCAUGCCCCCAGAGGCCUUACCCACCUGUUUUAAACCUCAGGCCACCGUCGUGAGCGCCGCUCUCAUCUCCCCAGCGUCCACGCCCUCGUGCCUGUCUGCGGCCAGCAGCAUAGACAACCUUACCGGCCCCCUCGCAGAGCUGGCGGUGGGGGGGGCCUCCAACGCAGGGGACGGGGCGGCCGGAACAGACCGGAAGGAAGGAGAAGUUGCAGGUCUUGACAUGAAUAUCAGCCAGUUCCUAAAAACGCUUGGCCUUGAACACCUGCGGGAUAUCUUUGAAACAGAGCAGAUUACACUCGACGUGUUGGCUGACAUGGGUCACGAAGAGUUGAAAGAAAUAGGCAUCAAUGCGUACGGACACCGCCACAAAUUAAUCAAAGGAGUGGAGAGGCUUCUAGGUGGACAACAAGGAACCAAUCCUUAUUUGACUUUUCAUUGUGUAAAUCAGGGAACUAUUUUGCUAGAUCUUGCUCCAGAAGAUAAAGAAUAUCAGUCAGUAGAAGAAGAGAUGCAGAGUACUAUUCGAGAACAUAGAGAUGGUGGAAAUGCUGGUGGCAUCUUUAACAGAUACAAUGUCAUUCGAAUUCAAAAAGUUGUCAACAAGAAGUUGAGGGAGCGAUUCUGUCACAGACAAAAGGAAGUGUCUGAAGAGAAUCACAACCAUCACAAUGAGCGCAUGCUCUUUCACGGUUCUCCUUUCAUUAAUGCCAUUAUUCAUAAAGGGUUUGACGAGCGACAUGCUUACAUUGGAGGAAUGUUUGGAGCUGGAAUUUAUUUUGCUGAAAACUCCUCUAAAAGCAACCAGUAUGUUUAUGGGAUUGGAGGAGGAACAGGCUGCCCCACGCACAAAGAUAGGUCAUGUUAUAUAUGUCACAGACAAAUGCUUUUCUGUAGAGUGACCCUUGGAAAAUCCUUUCUGCAGUUCAGCACCAUGAAAAUGGCCCACGCCCCUCCAGGCCACCAUUCGGUGAUUGGAAGGCCAAGCGUCAAUGGGCUGGCGUACGCGGAGUACGUCAUCUACAGAGGAGAGCAGGCAUACCCUGAGUAUCUCAUCACGUACCAGAUUGUGAAGCCAGAAGCUCCAUCACAGACCGCCACGGCCGCAGAGCAGAAGACCUAGUAAAUGCUCCCGGUAAAAGCCAGAGCCAAUUCCAACCUGGGACUAGAUACGGUGGACUGUGUCCAACAACAACACAUCGAUAGUCUCCGCAUCCUUGGCAGCCUAGAAAUGAGCUACUUGUCUUUUACCAAGCGUUGCUAUAAUGAUGAGUAUAGUAUGAGUAACAAACAUACUCCAAGCUACUGUUCCCUUUGCGGGAAUGUUUACAAGGGCGGCCUUUUGACAUAUCUCAGGCUCAUUCUCAUUGCGUUACCAUUUCUUAAGCCAGAUUGCUUUGAUCUAGACUUGGAAAUGGAAAAGGAAAACCAGUACUGUCUCCUAUGUUCAUAAUUCACAUACUCCAUUUGCUGUAUGUGUAUGAUACACAGCAGACACACGCUUAUUUCACGUGUUUAUUUUUUUUCAAAUAUGCAUCAUUGGUGCUUUUUUUUUUUUUUUAAUUACUUUGAAAAUGAGCCUAGAGCCCUUCCCAGGAUAUUUUGAACCAAUCACACUGAAUAAAAACCAUUCACAGUGCAGCCGAGCUUCUGGCUAAGCAAGAUGCUGGUUCCACUUCUUUGUGGGUUUUGUAUCUUUGCUUGUUGUUCACACAAAUGGAGAUGAAAAGGAAAAUCAUCAGGCUUUCCUUUCUAACCUGUCCCGCUUACGAGGGCAGACACACCCCGCCCCUGACAUAGGCGCUGGUGAGAAGUGGGAGCCGGGAACAGCCACUUGCGCUUCCCAGCCGGCCCGCUGCGCCCGGGAAAGGACAGUCAGGGAGACAUCCGAGUGGCAGCCAGGACUGCUGAUCCCCAGUGAACUGCCAGGCCAGGCGGGCUGAGGGCCCCCACGGGGACGGGGAGGAGCCAACGCUCCCCUCACCUGCCCCGCGCUGCCAGAACGGCCUUAUUCCCAAAGCCAGUGAAAACACGUGCUCCACGAGGGCUUCCAAGCAUUCUUUUACUGUCUCUUUACUUUACGACUCCCACCCCGUGUUGAUAGAUAGACGUACACAAAGGCAAGAACUUUUCCGACCUCAGUUGGGAGGGAUAUUUUGAGUAGCAUGCUUCAAAUAGUUUAUAAAGAUCUCUGCACUAAAUUUUUGAACUAUUGCUUCAAACUCCUUAAUAUAUUUAGACAAGUAGAACAAAAAAUUGAAACCAAAGCCCUUUCGGUUGUUUCUUUUUUUUUUUUUUAAUAAACUUGAUAAAGAGGUACCAUACUGAUAAAGAAGUACUGCUUGUUUUCAGCAACAUUUGCACAGUACAUGUUGGCAGUAAU